GGGUACUAUGAGGAAUGGUUUGCUUAGGGAAUUCCCGAUAAAGUAGACUUUGUUGACCUUCAUGUUCCGCCAUCUUUUACACCAGAUCAGCAAAGCUUCUACUUCAACAAGAUUCCAGAUCAGGGGAAGUAAACUGGGGAUUCCAGAUCAGGGGAGUAAACGUGGGUUUCCUAACACAACAAAAUUAUGGGGUUUCUGUGAGUUUCCUGUCUCUAGGCUGGAGAUACUACCUUCAUCCCGCUCAGGAGACACCAGUGUCAACAAUGUCUGGUCUUCCACCAUCUGCUUCUCCACAAAAGGGAAAGCGCCGGAAAGGAGGUGGAAAGAGUUCUGAAGACCAUGAUCAGGUCAAAGUUUACCUACAUGCCGUGACUGACGAACAGUCUGCACUGCUCACGGAUUCAGUGAAUACACCUCCACUUCAGAAAGUGAAAAAGAAGUCAGGUGCUGAUGUAGAGUUUGAUCCUAACCCAUCACCUGUGCCAGGAAUGAAGACUAUCAUCAUUCGCGGAAUUUUAUCUCAGAUCGAGGAUGCAAUAAGACUCAUCAAUAAGAAGACUGGUUCAAAGGCAACUUUAUCAGAGGAGGCUCAGGAAUUUUGGGUACGAUGGGUUGAGGCCUCGUUCCCUGAACUCGACUCUCGCGCCUACUUCCUGCCUCCUGUCUACCUCAACCGCGUGCCCAUGACCAGAGAGUUGAUUGCUGGUCAGGAUGUUCUACUCUUACAGUCAGAACCUGGACAGGUUGGUCAAACUAAUCAACAGGGUGCUCAGGAUCCCACUCAUCCGCGUCCUAGCUUUCAAAACAGUGACUUAAGAGAUGAUGCAGUGUGUCAACGUGUUUUCUUUUGUUUGGAAACAAUGAGUAAACAACACAACGAAGUUUUGGUUGCAAUCAGCCAGCUUUCAUUCGGACAGUAUCUGGGGGAACCUCAUUUUGCUGCUGCGGCAGUCUGCCUCCCUCUACCUGCCAACCUUCCGUCUGCUCUGCCUCGGCAUUGGAAACGAGGAGACUUUGAUGUGCUUCUUAUUCACCGACAGUACGGUCUUGUCGUCUGUGAGGUGAAGGCUUUUGGUGACAACACACAAACACUGAGUAUGUCACAGCAAGAAAUAAACAAGAACAUCGGAAAGAAACUAAAACAGGCCGUGUCACAGCUGGACAAGGCGGAGGCCAUGUUGUCUCACCUGGUGUCCGACAUCGCUCCCGGUCUGCGCAUCACUAAGACCAUCGCUUUCCCCAACCUCACAGCUCAUCAACUUCAACAAGCCAUCUCCGGCGACACCCAGCUAACUCAGGACCUGUGUCGGUGUCUGGGUACAACAGACCCCGCCGAUAUUACUGGUCUGUGUCUGUGCUGUGAUCAGCUGUCUGACCCCAAGACCCCGUGUGACGUCAGUAGUCACGUGCUGACGGAACUCGGACACUGGUGGCAGCGACUUGUGGCUGAGGGCUGGGGCUGACAGUUAUCACCUGACUUUAGACGUUUAUAAAACUCUGGUAGCAAGCUUCAGUGUACCAUGGAAUAGCUUAAACAGCUAUAACAGUGAACGCAACUGUAGACUACAGGACCGGGUCAUGCUAGGUGACAGUGGCUGCAUGAUAGGAGAGUGAUUGUUGACACCAUUUCAACAUCCUGCCCCCUUGCAGGAAAGGAAAUACAACACAGCACAUAGCUGUACAUGCAACUGGCACAGCUAAAAAGAGAUGGCAUUAUCUCUUGGGUCUGAAGAUGGAACUAGAUCAGCCAUGUGAAGUGACUGUGUUCUCAAUCGGGGAGAGCCAGACAAUGAUGGCGACAAUGAUGAUGUUGGACAUAACAAUGAUUUAAAUAAUGAAAAUCACUACAAUAAAAUCAAUGACACUGUUUCAGAACAUGAUUCUCCCACAGAAAGAGUGCAUGUUGCAGCAGGCCAAGCUGUCAGGAACCAAUCUGUUUAUAGACUUUUCUUGUAAAUAUGUUAAACCAGAAUUUUAUACAUUUCUGAAUAGUUCAUAGUGUCAGAACUAUUUUGAUUAGUUAGAACAUCAACAAUAGACAUAGUCAACAUGCAGUUUAGAUGUAGGCCCAACAUGUGUUGCAACAGGUCAAGCUGCUAGUAUCCAGUUUUUAAGUAGAUUUUUCUUGUGAAUAUAUCAUAAUUUUAUACUUUUCUGUAGAGUUCACAAUAUCAGAGCUACUUGACUGUAGAAAUAGUUAAAUUUUCAUUAUUAUGAAACUUAGUAGCCGUUCAUUCAUACAGAUCUCUUCAGAAAGUAGCAAAUGCUUUUUAACUUCAAUAAAUAAAACAUGCAGUUCUUC